GGUCCCCAUCACUCCUUCAGCCAAUCACAGUGUGUUUCUUUAACCACGUUGCGCGCUACAGACGGGCGCUACAGUAUUCUAGGCCGCUCGUGAGAUCAAACAGAUGCACUCCGUUCCCCGGAUCACCAUCGAGAUUAGAGGUGCGCUCUCAACUUUAUUCCAAUGGCGAAAACGGGGGUCCUUUGAAUCUGCAUUGAGGUGCUGAUCGCCGCAUUCAUACCCGAGGAAGUGGAGACUCACAGCAGGAAGAGCUUGUUCAAGGCUGUAAGAGAUUGGAGCAACAUCCGCUGCUUUUCAAUAGCAGGUUGGGUGAUCAAGCUGUAGUCCAGUUCUGACAGCCAGUGGAAACCCAGUUGCAUUGCAGGGUGUACUGCAGCAGAACAAGAACUGAAAUGUGAAAUAAAAGCAGUUUCUUGGCAAAGAAAGUAGUCUUGGUGAAAGGAUGUCAGGGGAGGAAACAUGUUGUUUUUGGCCAUGUGAACCCAGGCUUUUCAUUGGCUGAAGUUGCCAUGAUGUCAUGGACUGGACUGAUGGGAGCAGACUGCUCUUGCCUCAGGUAAAAUAGCAGGAUACGUGAUCGAGAAGGGAUGUGAGGAAACAAAUCCAGCACAAACUCUCCAGCAGUCUGUGUUUACUCGGUCUAGCCUUGUGAAGCUCUGCCAGUGUCCUCUCUUCUGAGCUUCCUGCUUCUCUCUCUCCUCUCACCAAGUACCAAAAGCAGAGGAGGGAGUGGAGACCACGCAUGUGUGUGUGUGUGUGUGUGGUAGAGCUGAAAGUGUGGAGCGAGGGAAGGGGGCUGGCAUUGCACACCUUCACUGAGAGCCUCAGAAACACAGAACAGUGCAGUCAGGUAGCUUCCUGCGUCCGGGUCAAGCAGCUAUGGCCCUGGUCGUGGACGCCGCGCACUGCCUGGGGGCCUACUACUGCCUCGUUAGGACCCGAUUCAAGCGGCGACGCAAGAAGCGCUCGGAGCGGAAAGGUGUGGCCAUGGCUCAGCAAGCGCAGGGCCAGUCGAGGCGUUUCACCACCAUGGAUGUUGAUGAGGAGGAGAACAUGAGUUCAUGCAGCACCGACGUAAAGGAAAACCGAAACCUGGACAACGUCUCUUCUAAGGAGGGAGCUGGCCUGGUGGAGCAGCUCCCCAAUGGUAGUGGAGGAGGGGGUCGCAAGCGGCCCCUGGAGGAGGGCAACAAUGGCCACGCGCAUUCCAAAUUCAGACCCAAGAAACGUAAGAAAACACCAGGGCCGGUUCUGCCCAAGAACGCCCUGAUGCAGCUGAACGAGAUAAAACCGGGUUUGCAGUACAAGCUGCUCUCGCAGACCGGCCCGGUCCAUGCGCCGGUCUUCGUCAUGACCGUUGAGGUUAACGGCCAGUUGUUCGAGGGUUCGGGGCCUACGAAGAAAAAGGCCAAGUUAAACGCCGCUGAAAAGGCCUUGCGUUCCUUUGUGCAGUUCCCAAACGCAUCCGAGGCGCACAUGGCCAUGGGCCGUACUCUCACCGUCAACACGGAUUUCACCUCCGACCAGGCUGACUUCCCUGACAUGCUCUUCAAUGGGUUUGAGACGCCGGCACUGUCUGAGGAAACAUUUUUUCUGGGCUCCAACGGAAACGGCUCCUUAAAACCGCUGGGAGAGUAUCCCGUGCCCCAAGCACCAGGUACGAACAGCCUCGUGCAGGCGCCGCUGCCACUGCCCUCCUCCUUCACCUCCUCAACCAAUGGUAAAAACCCUGUCAUGAUUCUCAACGAGCUGCGGCCGGGCCUCAAAUACGAGUUUGUGUCGGAGAGCGGGGAGAGCCACGCUAAGAACUUUGUGAUGUCGGUGACCGUGGACACGCAGACAUUUGAGGGCUCGGGACGAAAUAAGAAACUUGCUAAAGCUCGGGCUGCCCAGGCAGCUCUGUCAGCGCUCUUCAACAUGCAACUGGACCAAACCCCAUCACGCCAACCCAUCCCAAGAGAGGGGCUACAGCUGCACCUGCCGCAAGUCCUUGCAGAUGCCGUUUCUCGUCUGGUAGUGGACAAAUUCAGCGAGCUCACUGACAACUUCACGUCUCCACAUGCGCGACGGAAAGUUCUGGCUGGUGUUGUCAUGACAACAGGCACUGAUGUCAAGGACGCUCAGGUCAUCUGCGUCUCCACAGGAACCAAGUGUAUAAACGGCGAGUAUAUGAGCGACCGUGGCCUGGCGCUCAACGACUGUCACGCUGAAAUCAUUGCUCGUCGCUCCCUGAUCAGGUAUCUCUACAUGCAGCUGGAGCACUUCUUAAGUAGUAAUAAAGAGGAGCAUGAAAAGUCCAUAUUCACGCAGUGUGACAAACGUGGCUACCGGCUGAAAGACAACGUCCAGUUUCAUCUUUACAUCAGCACAUCACCUUGCGGAGACGCUCGGAUCUUCUCUCCACACGAGGCGGCUGUUGAGGACCAGGGAGACAGACACCCAAACAGGAAGGCAAGGGGCCAACUGAGGACCAAGAUUGAGUCUGGAGAGGGAACCAUCCCGGUGCGCUCUAGUAACACUAUACAGACGUGGGACGGAGUUCUGCAGGGCGAGAGGCUGCUCACCAUGUCAUGCAGUGACAAAAUAGCAAGGUGGAACGUGGUGGGCAUCCAGGGCUCUCUGAUGAGCUACUUCACUGAGCCCAUCUACUUCUCCAGCAUCAUCCUGGGCAGCCUGUAUCACGCUGAUCAUCUCUCCAGAGCCAUGUACCAGCGGAUCGCUGACAUCGAAGACCUGCCCCAGCAAUUCGCCCUCAACCGCCCCCUGCUCAGUGGAAUCAGUAACGCUGAGGCCCGGCAGCCGGGGAAGGCUCCUAACUUCAGUGUGAACUGGACGGUGGGAGAUCAGGCUCUAGAAGUCAUUAACGCCACCACAGGCAAGGAUGACAUGGGCAGAGCCUCACGUCUCUGUAAGCACGCCCUAUAUAACCGCUGGGUACGACUACACUCUAAGCUUUCGUCAACUCUGCUUAUCAAAGUGCCCAAGCCCAGCUCGUACCACGAAGCCAAACAAGCAGCGGUGGAGUACCAUACGGCCAAGCAAACGCUCAUCAAGGCCUUUCACAAAGCAGGUCUGGGCGCCUGGGUGAAAAAACCCAUAGAACAGGACCAGUUCUCACUGAACUCUUGAAGAGGGAACAUAAAAAGACCAGGACAUGACAACAACCAGCUGUUAAUACUUCACUUGAUGUGCGGGGAUGUGUGUGAGUGUGUGUGUGUGUGUGUGUGUGUGUGUGUGUGUGUGUGUGUGUGUGUGUGUGUGUGUGUGUGUGAGAUGCUGUUUGUUCUCAGACAAACCAAGAGCCCUUUAGUGUCUGUCAUUUUGCUCUCUUUGUGUGAAUCAUGACUGCCUUUUUAAUUUGUAAUGUAGAAGCAGACUGUCAUCUAACGUAUGUUUGUUUUAAAGUUUGAAGCGGCAUUAGCCUUUAGCAGAUAACAGGACGUAAUGUCAUUUGUAACUGGAAAAAAAAAUGUUUUUUUAUUUUUUUGUGAGAGAGGGUUGUUCCGACAAAGCCUUGAUGCCGUAAAUGGCUUCAGGUCGACCACACCGCUGUGCGCACAGGUCUGAAGGUUUCCUGGUCCAGCCUACCAAAAUGCUGGCUCACCUUUUUGAGCAUGGUUCUCCUUGAUAUGCAAAACAUAAGCAUAUUUAUAUUUUUAACUCCAUUGCCACCAGAUUUUAGAAGGGGGAAAAAAAUCUAUCACAUAGAUCGUACCUAUACAGCAUGGUCCUUUUAGAUAGACAAACUUAUUUUGUCAGGACUUCAGUGUAGAACUAGCGUACGCCGUCUUUCUAGUCAAAAUUUUAGAUUUUAAUUUGACCUCAGGGGGAAACUUGAAUUUCUUUGCAUAUGGCUCCUUGAGAGCUAUGUAAUCGGUAUUCCCAAACAGUUAUUUAAAUUGGAAUAUAGAGUAGUUUCAUGUAUGCAACCAAAGUGCAUUGAAGUUGUCAAACAAUGUGUCUUGGCUGUUUAAAUUUCUCAGAAGUCUUAAAUGCAUGUGCAAAUUACACAAGGCUGAAAGAAAGCCCUUUAUUUAAUACUUUACUGGCCAAUAAUGGACCAUUUUAGAAGCCCUACUUUUUAGAUGUCUGCACUAUAUGGUCUUUAAGCUGCAUGGAUUCCAUUGGAUCCCAGUGAUCCUGACCUGCUAAUGUGAUCCAGUUAUGUUAAAGGAAUAGUUCAUCCAAAUAUAAAAAUUCACCCUUAUGUCGUUCCAAGCACCAAAUGACUUCCAGAUUGUCUAAAGCUUCACAUGAGGGAUGGACCAAACCUAGAAUCAUUAUGAAUAUGAAACAGCAUGUAGGGAAGUCUAUUUCUAGUUUUAAAUGCAUUCAAGCUGCAUUUAGUCACUGCAGGUUUGAGAGCAGGGAAUUGUGGGAGCUCUUUAAGAUGGCAGAAUGGUCUGUAAAAUGCACGUUUAUUAUUGACAAGUCAUCUGCAUGCAGAAGCGAGGGUUUGCAGAGGCGACUCUGACUUUCACUUUAUCCUUGCGUCUUGUUUGAGGAUUUUUUUUAUUUCCUGCAUAGACCUGAAUGCCUACAUUCCUCCUCAGAGACGCUUCUGUAAGACUGAAUUCAGCUGUGUCCUUGAGGAUGGGGUUCUGUAGGAAGGUCUAAGCCAGGAGCUCAGGCGCUCUUUGAUUUAUGACUUAUCCAGUGCAGCAUGUUUGACUGCUAAGGUUAUAGAGCAGAAGUAUUUUCUCCACCGAUCAUUCAUGUGCAGAAAAUUGGGCUUUGGUGGUUUUUUCAGAUUGCAGAAGAAUUGCAUGAACUCCUGUUGGGAUUUAGAACUUUCAUUCAUAUGAUUUGACACUUAAAAUGAAAGAUACAAUGCUGCAUUAGUAUUUCAAGGAAUUGGUGACCCAAAAAUGAAAACUGUGUGAUUUCCUCAAACAUGUAUGCUGUAAGUCAAGCUCUAAAAGGAUCACCAUAAAAUCAGCACAACAUUGCUCUA